AUGCCCAAUCUUAUCAUUUUUCAGAUCUUUUCUCGGUAUAUCGGCCUAUUUGCCUUAGUCUUGACGAUUCCCGGUCUCGCUUUCGUACUAUGGCGAGUGGCAAAAUACCGGCAUAUUCCAGGCCCCUGGCCAUGCCGAAUUUCCCAUCACUAUAUUGCAAUGUUCGAAUUGAUUCGUCAAAGGCCUCAGGCAAUCGCAAAAUGGCAUCGGACGUAUGGCCCUUUCGUGCUUAUUGCACCCGGAGAGGUGUCAAUCUCCGACGUUACGGCUAUGCGAGACCUUUACAGCAGUUCUAAGAGGAACCCUAAGAGCGAUUAUUUUGACCACUUCAUUUAUCACGGAGAGCGGUCAAUAUUUGCCGAAAAGCCUUACGAAGAGCACAAGGCGAAGAGAGGAUUGUCUUCGGCGUUCUACCAGGCAACUUCCAUCUACAAGUCAGAGAUACAACAGCCUCUCCGGCAAAAGGCGCUUGGAGUCCGAGAGACACUUGAGAGACAUUCCAAGCUGGAGCAAAUCAUCGAUGUAUUCCCCGUCAUCAACCACUACGCAUGGGACAACAUCACCGCGUUGGUUUACGGACCAAGGCACUGCUCUCAUGCUGUUCAAGGAGACUACACAGAUCGCGACAUUCUUGCCAGGCUCAAGAACACCGAAAUGUGGAACUCCCUCAAGUUCAACCUACCUUUCGCCCACAACAUAAUGGAAAAGGCCGUUUCCAUGUACACUGGCUCGUCCAAAUUCCUAUCGGCGGAGCGAGACCUCGAUGUUUGGGCCAUGCAGCGUCUGGCUUACUCACUUUCUGAUCCCAAGUCAUCGUCUGAUUGGUCGCUCAUCCGCCUCAUUCAAGAUCUCCGACUUGCUGGUCGUGAUAUCUCUGAUGAUUACGUGGCAUGCGAGGUGAUUGAUAACCUCCACGCGGCUCAGGCUACCGUCACUGUUGCUUUGACGUAUGUGGUCUACCACCUGAGCCGGAACCCUGACUGGCAGGCCAAGGUUCGAGCUGAGAUUGAGGCGCUACCGCGGGAAGAUGACGGUCUCCCGGUCUGGCAGUUGCUCGACAAAGCCCCUAUUCUAGAAGCGUGCAUAAGAGAGUCAUAUCGGAUCAAUCCAGUUUCUAGUGGGCGAGCCGAGCGCAUAUUGGCCAAGGGCACCCGAUACGGCGAUGUUUACAUUCCCCCAUACACCGUUGCAUCCGCUUCGACCAUUGCGUUGCACCUGGACCCGUCAGUCUUUCCCGAGCCGCUGGAAUUCAACCCAAGGCGGUGGUUAGACGUCCAGCCUGAAGGCUUGUUAAGACUGGAGCGGUCUUUCAUCCCGUUCGGGUAUGGUGUGAAGAUGUUGAUAUCUGCUGUUCUUCUCACGUUCGAGACUACAUUGGACGAACCAAGUCGUAUCAUGGAACAAUGGGGAACACAGGAUGCUUUGCCGAAGGGGCUCAACUGUAAACUCCGUUUCCGGAAGAGACAAGAUGUUUCAUGA